AUGCUACACAAUAAAAAAAAAAAUCGAAUAUGUUUAAUGGUAACUUUGUUAUUGACAGCGUUGUUCUUUCUAAGAAAAGGAAGUAAUGACAACAAAAUUAAGUUCACUUUCUAUGAUCCAAACAAUAUCAAGCAGAUACCGGCAGAAAUUAUUGAUCAAUUAUAUUUAGAGGCCCAAACUAACCAACAUAUAAACUGGAAAAGAUUUGCAUAUGUAACAUAUGUGAGUGAUAUACAAUAUUUAUGCUCCACUUUGCUGGCCUUUAAGUCUUUGAGCGAAGAGUUUAAAACAAAGGCGAAAUUAGUGUUAUUAAUGGAUCAGACAUAUGUAUUAGGUUCUAACAUUCACAAUUCAGGAAUUGAUGAUUUACUGACCCAACUAAGGAAUAUUGAUAAUGAUCAAGUUAUUAUUAAACCGAUUGAAGUUAUAUCCAACAAAAUAGGAACUGAAUAUACUUGGUCAAGUAGUUAUACCAAAUUGUGGGCAUUCAACGAAACAGAUUUUGACAGAAUAAUAUAUUUUGAUAGUGAUGCAACAAUUAAAGGUAAUAUGGAUGAAUUAUUUUUUCUUCCUGACCAUAUCAAAUUUGCUGCAACAUUGACAUAUUGGUUUCUUUCAAAGAAAAACAUUGAUGAUCUUGUUAUGGAUAAUGGAAACACUAAACCUUUACAUGGAAAACUUGAGAAGCUGAAGAAACUAAUUUCAUAUAAACAGUUUUACUAUAAUGAGUUACCUGAUGUACCCUCCUCUUUAUAUGCUCACUCUGAUAAUAUUCUUGAGGAUCUAGCCGAUGCCACCGAUGAUUCAAUCACUUACAUACUGCAGAAACAAAUAAAUCGAGAGACAAGAGGCCAACUGAUAAUGGCAUCAGAUUUGAUGGUAAUAACUCCUUCGACAAAAACAUUCCAAUAUAUAAAAGACAUCUUGAUACCGAGGGCGUUUGAGGAAGAAAAUAAAUAUGACAUGGAUUUACUAAAUGCAGAUCUAUAUAACUUACAGAAUACCGUACUAAAACAAAUCCAAACUUUCAGAACAGAUUCCGUGAGCUUCAAACCAGAAGUGAUGAUCCUACCAUUUGAUAGAUAUAACCUACUUACAGGAACAAUAAAGAACGUUGAACAGUAUCCAUUAUUUAAUGGAGGGCUGCUUGGAUACAGUUUGCAUGGCCAAAAAAGGGAGAACAUGGAUGUAUUAAAUGAAAUCGUCGAAAAAGCAAAAUAUAUUCAUUAUUCGGAUAACCCAUUGAUGAAACCUUGGCAUUAUAGUGCAUUUUACGGUGAAACAAUUGAGCAGUCUUUGCAGAGGUCAGAAUUUAAAGCAGUAUGCGAUAAUAUUGAUUUCACUUCCGCAUUCCAAGAAAAAGCCUGUUUGGAAUGGAAUUCAGUCUACGACACCUUCUACAGAAGAUCUCGAAUAUGUCCAAGAAAUUCCCCAGUCGAAAUUUUCUUUCCUGAAAGAAAAGUCUCAACUCACACGAAGUCUAUUUGA